GAAAGAGGGUGUGACCUGGCAGAAGCUGGGAAUCGGUGGUGGGCCCUCUUCUGACAUCAUCCCCGAAGCACCGAAAUUAACGUGGAAUAUGGCGCGAAUCAAAAACCCUCCUCCACCGUCAAAACUCCUCCUUCCUCCGCCGUGCCGUCUGCAAUCAAUGCAACCACUACUCCUCCCCUUUCUUUCUUCCGUCAUUUCUCCAAUUUCAUCAAAUAAUAGUUACACAAUGUAUGCACUACGUACAAUCCUCACUCAUUCCUUUCUAAAUAUAGCAGCUCUCAUUGCUUCUUUAAUUCUCUCCUCAACCACUUCACACCGCUCGCUACUCACUCUUCCUUUCUUAACAUCAAUCAAUCAUUACACACAAUUACCAACUGUGUGUUUCUUUUUGCUUCCUCUUCCAAUUCAAAAUGCGGUUCCCGAUCAGCUACUCUCGACCUCCGGCCAGAAGGACUGUUGACGCCGCCGUUGCUGCUGCCGAGGCCAGGCGGAGGCGGAUGAUGCCGUUCAGGAAUGGUGGAUUUUCGAGGACUAGACGGAGUCCGGUUAAUCGUGAAUCUGGAUUUGUUCCUCCUCCUCUUCCUCCUAACAUCAUUAAUCAGGGGAUGAUGGUGUUCCUAUUCUGCAAAAGGCUGCAAAACAGUGACGUCAACAAUGUCGGCAGAAUCGUAUUGCCAAAGCGCUCGGCAGAGAUUCAUCUACCUAGGCUCUUAGACCACGAAAGUUUCAUGUUACCGGUGCUUGACAUGGAUGGUGGGGCUGCAUGGUCAUUCAAAUACAGGUACUGGCCAAAUAAUGUAAGCCGAAUGUAUGUUUUUGAGGGUACAGGGCCGUUUAUACGGAAGUAUGGAUUGCAAACAGGUGACUAUAUGCUGAUGUACAAGGAUAUGGUGACUUGGAACUAUAUGAUUCGAGGUGUUAAAGCUAGUGAAGCUGAAGGACGUGCAAACCAAGAAACGACUGCGACUGAAGGAAACAACAUGGAUAAUUUGGUUCUGAAUGAUAAUGCUGCUGGAAACGAUGAUGCUGUUGAGAAUGGUGUUGUUGCUGAAGUUGGGGCAUUUGAUCUCCCGGACGUCUCUGACAACUUUCUGAAAGCGGAAAGUAUUGCGGGUACGAGUUUCAUGAAUGAUGAUGACAGUUAUUUCAGUGACAUUUUGAACUCGUUCAGUUCGUGGGAUGAAAUCAAGGACUAUUACUACUCGCCAACUCAACCAAAUGUGACAUCUGAUAAUUUGUCCAGCAAGGAUCUCCCUCAGGUGUAAGUGAGAAAGCAAGGCUCUUAGUGUUGCAGCUUCUAUCUAUAUCGUCUGCACUUUUAUGUUAUCUGUGUGAUACAUCGAAACAACUUAAACCUGUAUGUUGUGUUUUGUUUCGAACAUGUGUUAUGUGUUUUGUUUUGGACAUGUGUUAUGUGCUUUAAGUAAAUGAAGCGUUGUCGUUUAAAGUUGUUUACCCAAAACUGCCUAGAAGAUGAUAACAUUCAAUUCCAAGC